AUGGUGCAUCCGUCCGCCAGGUGGACGGCAGCGCUCGUCACCCUGGCUUCGGUCGCCUCGGCCUUCACGCCGACGCUCGAGUUCAACCUCACGCUCAAGGACACCUACCCCUUCCUGACGUACCUGCCCGCUCAGGCCUGGGAAGAAGUCUUUGACGGCACCCCGGCAUCGUCGUACUCGGCUGGAAUGUUCGGCGGCGGGACCUCUCGACACACGAUCAACUCGACGGCGACGACAAACUCGGUCAGCCUGAGCUUCUAUGGCAAGUGGGUCAGCUUCGACAUCAGCGUCGACUCCACCUUGGAGUCGUCAGCAGCCAUCCUGCAGCUGGAUGGGCGCUCGACUGUGCAGAACUACCCCGCUAUCCCCUCCAACAAGAACCCAGUCCGCGGAAACUUGUGGUAUGACCGGGUCGACUGGGGUGCGCACACCGCGACGGCAUCCUUUGUCAACGACACGUUCUCAUUCUAUGGUGCGACGAUCACCACCGGGAUGAUCACCCAAGCAACUGAUGUGAACAAUAUCACCUACCGUGAUGCUCGCAUGACUUCUGAUGGUGCUUCGAACAAGGCAUUCACGUGGUCCGGCACAUGGAACUACAGCGCCACCAUCGGUGGAGGCGGUCCCACCAACCAGCUUCCUCUCUCGGUCCCGGCCAUGAUCGGUGCGCCCGGGUCGGUGUGCAGCGUCUCGCUCCCGGCCAAUACGUCGUUCAUUUACAUCAAUGGAACUGCCGGCAUCGGCCAUGGCUCGGCAACGUUCACCCUGUCGCCUCCCCCACCGCAAGGCACGUUCACCCUGUCGCCUCCCCCACCGCAAGGCUUCCCGACGACCAUCAACACCUUUAACCCUUGGGCGGCAGCUAUCGUUCUGUACUUCACACCACUUGACCCAACGCUGCAAUACAGUCUUUCCAUCAGCGUCGGCCAGGACGGAGUCCUCGGCCUUGACACACUUGAGAUCUACUCUGCUCUCAACGAUCCCAAUUGGGCUCUGGACUUUGGUACUCCUACAGCUAAGAAGACCGACAACAAUAACAACAACCAUAACAACAAUGGAAACUCGUCCGGUUCCAACGUCGGGGCCAUUGCUGGAGGAGCAGCUGGCGGUGCCUUUGCCCUCAUUGCUGUUGCUGUGGUCAUCUUCCUUGUCAUUAAGAAGCGCAAGCAAGCGACUCGGAAGAACCCGAACGGUGUGUUUGAGGUUGACGAGGAGCAUGCGCACUACGAGCCCUUCCCUCAUGGCGGCGCUGCAGCGAGCACCACGACCCCGCCUGUAGUGCUCUCGGACCCGGCCGCCCAGUUCACACCAAUCACCACUGAGGGCCAGGACGCCGAGAAGGCCUAUGCCGCUGCCGGGGGCGGCUAUGCUGCCACCGAGUUUGGGUCGCAAGGAGGCCAGACUGGCUCCGGGUUCUGGGGCACAGCACUAUCUGACGUGUCGGAGAAGACCGAGGAGAAUCGCUACUCGACCCCGCUAGCGUCGCCCAAGGUCCCUGCAGCAGACCAGCGUCACUCGACUCCGAUCUCGCUCCUUGGUCUGAACGAGAAGGGCGGACACCUCGCCCCGGGUCCUAUCUCGCCAACCACGUCGAACCCAGACGAGGCGACGCAACAGCUCGGCCGCCUCGCCACCACCUUCAGCGGCUCAACUGCCUCGAUCGGCCCCACCUCGCCCACGGUCGCCGAGUCGGUCACCUCCGGAUCGUCGUCGACUUCCAAACCGCUGCCUUUCCCUGUCCCUCGCCCACUGCCCGCGGGCCCAUUGUCCAAAGCUGAAGAGGCGGCCAGAGACGCCGAGGAGGGCGCACGUGCCGAACUGGCCGAGCUGGCUGAGUUGGAGGCCGAGGGCCUCGCGUCACAACAGGCUUCAUCAUCGUCGUUGCAGCCUUCCAACCCCGUGCCUCAUAACCUCCGCGAGGAGGAUGGUGGCAGGAUCGGUGACACCCUCGACACUCUGCCGCCCGAGUACAACCCCGAGUGGCGCCACACUCUCACUUGA